AUGCCUGGUCCUCCUCACCGGAGAAAGGGAGAUAUCGUGCAGAAGCUGGUCGACGAUGGAAAGGUUCAUCUCAAGGAUAUUGACGAGCACGUUCUGAAUAUCCUCAGGCUUCUCCGUCAGACUGGAAAAUUCACUGACAGACGGGAGUCGGUCCCUGAGUAUUCUGUCAGCCGACCCGAGCAUGAGAGACUCAUCCGUGAAGCCGGUGCCGAGGGCAUGGUUGUUCUUAAGAAUGCUGGUAAAGCUCUACCCCUUAAGCCGUCUUCCCUCAAGAACAUUGCGGUGCUUGGUCCACAAGCGAAGCAGACGGCUGCCCAUGGGGGUGGGAGCGCAUCCCUCAACUGCCACUACAAGGUCAGCCCCUUUGAUGCCAUCACAUCAAGGCUUGGUGAUAGCAAAAUCUCAUACUCCAAAGGCGCACAUGUCUUUCGCACGUACCCCGAUUUCACUCUUGGUGCUGUCAACCGCAACGGCAACCCUGGCUUCAUCUGCGACUUCUUCAAAGCUCCCGACAUGUCUGACGAGGUCUUCCACACGAGUGAAUACCCGAGGGGUAGCUUCAUGUCUAUCAUGAACGCAGAGAUCGACGAUGCCAAGGCUGUACGUAUGACCACCACGUACACUCCGAGUGUCAGCGGAAAGCAUUACCUGAGCUUUUCUGGCAUGGGGCCUACCAAGCUGUUCAUCAACCAAGUCUUUCUUGGUGAGAUCAAGGAGACAGAAGAGGCAAUGAUGUUCUUACUGGGUGCGCAAGAAGAGAAGCAUGUCCAGUACGACUUCAUCGCAGGCCAAAAGUAUUACAUUUUGGUUGAGUCAACUAUCUCUCCGGUACCGGACGCCGAGCUAUUUCUUGCAGAGGAUAAGCUUGCAGUUCAUCUCGGAUUCAUUGAGCAGGCAGAGAUGCAGACUGAUCUCCUAUCGGAAGCCGUGGAGUUGGCGAAGCAGGCCAAUGUAGCACUCAUCUUUGUCGGAAACACACCACAGUGGGAGACCGAAGGCCAAGACAUGGCUACCAUGUCACUUCCCGCCGACGGGUCCCAGGAUAAGCUCAUCGCCGAAGUUGCCAAGGCUAACCCCAACACUAUCGUUGUAAUUGGAACUGGUGUGCCGGUUGAGCUGCCCUGGCUUGACGAGGUCGCUGCCGUUGUUCAAACCUGGUAUGGCGGUCAGGAAACUGGUAAUGCCGUACUCGAUGUUCUUCUUGGCGAGGUGAACCCAAGCGGAAGACUGCCUGCUUCCUGGCCCAAGAAGAUCGAGCACACGGCUUGCUACGGGCACUUUGGCCUUGACAGUUGGGAAUCUCGAGAGGUAGAAUACGUCGAGGGUGUGAAUGUUGGUUACAGGCACUUUGACUCUCAGUAUGGCACUGAGAAGGAGGUGCUUUUCCCCUUCGGUUUUGGCCUAAGCUAUUCCACAUUCGAGGUUUCUCGGACUGCCUUGUCCGGAACCUUGAGCGAAGGCGACACCAAUUCCGAAGUAACCAUCACAGCUUCAGUUCACAACACCGGUGAUAGAGCAGGUUCCGAAGUCGUCCAGGUGUAUCUGGCACCCCCCCAAGGAGGUGAAGACAAGGGAAGACCGCCAAAGGCUCUUGUUGCUUUUGACAAGGUUCACCUAGGUCCAGGAGAGAAGAGAGAGUUGCAACUCUCAUUCAAACGAGAUGGUGCCGCAUUUUGGUCCGAGGAAGACAAGCGAUGGAAGGUUGAGGGGGGCGAUCAUGACCUCUAUGUCUCGACCAGCUCUAGUCCCCGAGACGUCAAGUCUACGCACACUCUCAACGUGCCACAGACUUUCAGCUUCGGCGCAUAG